UGCAUAUUCUAAAUACGCGCGUAUGUGCACACGUAUGUAAAUGUACGUAGUAUCACGCUUUAUAGUCAUCUAUGCGACCUAAAGCCUUAAGGUGUCAUACCCCAGAGAAGACUCUAUAGAUCAGUCCUGUUGAGCAAUGUCACGUAAUUGUAAUUAAUCCCAGCACAGAGAAGCUUUCCAACAUGUCAAACAAUCAGUUACCAGCGCCGUUUAUGGCACAAAAUGCCUAUGGGCACGGUGCGUCUCCUAUGAAUCCCCAAGUAUCGCAAGCACAGCAACAACAGUAUAACGUCGCAAAUAUGAUGAAUGAAGGUCAAAUGCUAGGCCAAACACAAGGGUACAUGCAACCACCACAACAGAUGCAAACACAGUCACAAGUGGGUAUGCAACAACAACAACAAGGUGCUAUACAACCACAACAAUAUAUGCAACAGAUGCAACAGCCACAAUUUAGGCCACAGUCACAACAGAAUCAAUACAAUCAACCACAGAUGCCGUAUCAGACGUCGAACGGAAACACGGCAUACAAGUAUAAUUAUGGCCAGCCUCAAGCCGUGGCUGCGCCAGCACCCACCCCCACACCCGCCGUCACACCCGCCGUCCCAGUCCAGACACCAGUCACACAACAACCCUACCAGCAAAUGACCCAGCCUCAAACGCAGGCAUACACCCAGACACAGCCACAGACCAGUGCAUACGUACAACAGGCACAGGCCAAUGCUUAUGUCCCACCACAGUCACAAACCAACGAAUACGUGCAACCACAGCCACAGACCAAUGCAUAUACACAGCCACAGUCACAGACCAAUGCAUAUACACAGCCACAGUCACAAACCAACGAAUACGUGCAACCACAGUCACAGACCAAUGCAUAUACACAGCCACAGUCACAGACCAAUGCAUAUACACCGCCACAGUCACAGACCAAUGCAUAUACACAGCCACAGUCACAUAUAAAUACAUAUACACAGCCUCAGGCUCAGUCCAAUGCAUAUACACAGCCUCAGGCUCAAGUCACUUCAUAUACACAGCCUCAGGCUCAAGUCACUUCAUAUACACAGCCUCAGACUCAAGUCACUUCAUAUACACAGCCUCAGACUCAAGUCACUUCAUAUACACAGCCACAGGACCAGUACAAUGCAUAUACACAGCCUCAGACGCAGUCCAUUGCAUAUACACAGCCACAGGCUCAGUCCAAUACAUAUACACAGCCACAGGCUCAAGCCACUUCAUAUACGCAGGCUCAGGCCAACGGAUACGUGCAACCGCAGUCACAGACCAAUACAUAUACACAGCCUCAGCCUCAGGCCAAUACAUAUAUGCAGCCGCAAGCACAUGCCAAUACGUACGGCCAGGCACAAGUACCGCAAGCGCAACAGCAACCACAACCGCAACCACAAGCGAACACGCAGAUGCAUCCACAGCAAGGCAUGGCACAACCCACCGACCCAGCUCAACAGCCUCAGCAACAGAUGUACCCAAUCCUGCCACAAAUGGCCCAGCCACAGCCGCAGAUGGCAGUGGCGGCGGCCACGCCCAACGUGCCUUACAUGCAGUACAACACCACACAGACACCCAUACCAACCCACAACCCCAUGCAGCAUCAGGCAAACGCCCAGCAGGCGACGGCACAGAUGUCGCACAUGGCUGCGCCUGUGCAACAGCAGCCGCACAUACAGGCCAUGCAGCCACAGGGUGUGCCUGGGCAGAUGCCCACGGCCCACUAUGGCAUGGGCAUGCCUGGGUACAACCCACAGCAAUACCAACACCCGCACAUGAUAGUGGCACAGCAGCAGCAGGCGGCUGCGGCUAUGGCAAUGAAGACUGCUGGGGUCGCCGCUGGUGUGGGAGGGUUCAACAGCUUCUCCGCAGCACAGCAGGCUCAAGCUAGGUCGAGAGGAGGCCCCGGCCAAGGCCCUUCUAAUGGACGAUUUGAGCCUUAUGGUGGCAGAGGACGGGGUGAUCGUAACCAUGGCCGCGGCCCGCGCGACGACCGAGACCGCUAUCGACGGGACGAUCGCGAUCGGUUCAAAGGAAGAAACGAGCCCAGACGCUACGAUGACAGGGACAGGAGGGAUAUCAACAGUCGGAGACCGGACCGAAAUGGGCGGGAUGAGUUUGGGCGUGAUGUGUACUUCAAGGAGAGUAUGGUAACUGACCCCUGGAAGGAUUUCAAUUAG